AUGUCUGGCUCUGACUACUCACCGCUGUGUGAGACGCAACGAAUCUUUAGCCUUCUUUGCAACCUGAAAGAUGAAUUGUGCCUACCGCCUGACUUUGAGGGAAUUGCCAAAAAUGUAAACUUCACUUCUGAGAGGAACACUGUGUACUUCCCUAUUCCCCUGAAAGAAACAGAAACUGCCUCAGCAUUGAAAGGCAUCGAAGCUGCGGUUGCUUGCUCGCUAGCCAACCUCAAAUAUGGACCCCGUUCCCGCAAUAUUAAUAUCAACCUGGAGCACGCAACAUGCUUUCUCUUCCAGACGUAUCUUUCUACCAUCGAUGGCCUGGGGAAAUAUGACGAGGGUGUGAAAACAAAGCUCAAAGCUACCGAUUUCUUUGAAGCACAAUCUGAUCCGUACCGCCGAAUGUCAGCUAAUCUUUAUGCGACGAAAACACCUGGUACCUACUAUCACAUCCAUGGGUCAUUAGAAGCCAGCAGGACAUUGGGCAUGAUAGGUUUGCCACCGUAUCGACCUGACCUGAAAACUAUAGACGAUAUAGCGGAGGAGAUCGAAUCUCACGUGCAGCAGUUUACAAUCGAAGAGCUUGAAGAAAAGAAUAAGAAGCUUCGACAAGCAGGAGUAGUUGCUUUGAAGCAUGAAGAUUUUAUUGCAACUCCACAUGGCAAAGCAAAUGUUGGCCGAUCACCAUGGUCUGUCACAAAUCUAGAGAGCACCACACCACCAAUCCAGCUUCCGGCAGACUCUUCUGGAGCAAAACCGCGCGUUUUGCAAGGAAUCAAGGUUCUAGAGCUUUGCCGUGUCAUCGCUGGGCCGGUAAUGGGCAGAAUACUGGCAGAGUAUGGAGCAGAUGUCCUUAAAGUCACAGGUCCUAAGACUCCCGAUGUACCAUUUUUCCAAAUUGAUGUAAAUAUGGGCAAGCGUACCACCGAUAUUGAUCUCAAAACCAGUGAAGGACGAGCUGAGUUUGAGAAGUUGCUUGCGGAGGCGGAUAUAAUACUUGAUGGAUAUAGGCCGGGGACAUUUGACAAACUUGGCUACGGCCCCGAAGCUCUCGCCAAGCUCGCUAUAAAGCGCGGAAAGGGUUACGUGUAUGUGAAUGAGAAUUGUUUUGGGUAUGAGGGAGAAUGGGCAUAUCGGCCUGGGUGGCAGCAGAUUGCGGACUGCGUGAGCGGAGUCGCUUGGGCACAAGGGAGAUUCAUGGGCCUUGAUGAACCCGUGGUUCCCCCGUUCCCCAUCUCUGACUAUGGCACUGCUGCAAUGGGCGCCAUCGCAGCGCUGACUGGUCUUUAUCAUCGAACAACAAAAGGGGGAUCCUGGCAUGGCUGUGCUUCACUUAUGCAGUAUGAUCUCCUUCUUUUCGCUGUUGGUGAGUAUGGGCAGAAAACCCAAGAUGAGCUAAGGUCAAAGCAAGAUGAGAGUUUUUUUGCUCUACGCCACCAGCAUAGCGUCGAUCAAAUCUCUGGGACCGUAUUGAAGAUAAUGAAAAAGCAGCAUCCGCAUUUAUUCGAGCAAUACCGCGAAAAAUGGCAUUCGGCGGGGUUCAAGGCGGAUAUAUCAAUCAUUACGCCGGUAGCAGAAAUCGAGGAGGUCGAGACCAGCUUCCAAAGGGCGAGUGCACCCAACGGAACCUACAAGGCCGAGUGGUGCUUUCAUGAAAAUGAGGAUGUUAGAUUGGGCUAG